AUGAAGACUUCUUCCCUCCUUAUUCUGUUGCUGAAUGCCUUCUGCACCGUUUCAAAAACUCCCCAUGAAUUUGUCUAUGUUCUGGGCUGCUCUGAGGAUGGUUCAAUCCAAAUUCAAUAUGAAUUUGAUAAUGAAGAGAUUUUAUAUGUAGAUUUUGAAAACCAAACGGUUGUAUUCAGUGGUCCACCUUUUGUUCUGCUGGACCCAGCAGAAUUAUUGGUCAGCCCUCGUGUAUACAAAAGUGCAUUAAAAGUAAAAAAAGUAUGUACUGUGGGGUAUGCUAUCCGCAAAGCUGAAGGGAUAGAUCCACCAGAGGACAAAGACCCCCCAGAGAGUGCCCUGUACUCUGCAGAUGAAGUUCAGCUUGGAGUUGAAAACAGCCUUACCUGCUUUGUGAACUACUUUUACCCACCUGGCAUCAAAUUCAGCUGGACCAAAAAUGACAGACCAGUGACAGAGGGUGUAAUGCUCAGUCGAUAUUUUCCUAACAAAGAUCAAACCUUCCACCAGUACUCCACCCUGAAAUUCACACCGAAGGAGGGGGACUUUUACAGCUGCACCGUGGAGCACUUGGCACUGGACCAGCCUCAAACAAGGUACUGGGAAGUGGAAAUCAGUCAUCCCAGUGUUGGAACAGAUGUCUUCUGUGGAGUGGGUUUGACUCUUGGACUGUUUAGGGUUGCAGCUGGAACAUUUCUUAUGGCUAAAGGACACCUUGAAGGGCAAUAA